UCUUUCUUUCUUUCUUUCUUUAUAUUUCAUUCUCAUCGUCCUUUUCUCUCCUUUCUUCUCGAUCGUAUCUCCAUUUUCUUUCUCUUUCUCUCUCCGUUGACUCCAGUGAAAAUAAUCUCGUACGAUGGGAAUAAUAAUCUUCGAUAUGAGAUCGACGUUUAUACGCGCGUGACCAAGUUUACGCGCUACGUAACGUCUUGAUCUUCGCGUUAAACGACGGUCGGAACGUCCAUGACCCUGAAGUCCAGUGACAGUGCAUGUCGUCUGACCUUGGCACGGCGUUCUCCAGCUGAUCAUCAUCGUCGUCAUCAUCAUCGUCAUCAUUAUCAUCAUCCGACGAGAACCAUCGACCAAGUCGGUUUCGAUUUCUCAACUCAGACUCGACGACGUGGAUUAGUAAAACGAGGAAGGAAAGAGGAAGAGGAGUCGUAAGCCUACGCCCGAAGUAUAAGAAGUGUUAUUCUCGAUUGGACGUGUCUGAAAGUUGGGUGGUGCAAGCGAAAAGGAUGAACAGUCGAGUCGGAUCGUUCCAUCAUCUGUUAGUCAUCGAAGAAAGGAACGUUUUUAAAUUUUCCUCGAAAAUGUCUUCGAUCGAGAUCUAAUCGAAUUUCGAUUAGACAAGAUGACGCAUCGAAGGAUAUUAUCUAACUACGUCAUACGGUGAUUUAUUUUCUUCGGGCUUAUACCGAAAUAUAUUCGGGAUCAUGAAGAGAAGAAGAUAUAACUCGAGACAUUUCGAUAUAUAAUUGUUAACGUAGUCCUGCCGAAAAUAUGGAGGAAUCGUCGCCGAGGAUUCGUCCUUACUUGGACUGGGACAACGAAGACAAGUACUCGGUGGCGAAUAGCCAAGCUCCUUUACAAGGUGGUGAGGACGAUCAUCCGGAGCGUGGUACCUGGACAGGGAAAUUUGAUUUCCUUUUAUCUCUUUUGGGAUAUAGCGUCGGUCUUGGCAACGUUUGGCGAUUUCCCUAUCUUUGUUAUUCCAAUGGUGGUGGAGCCUUCUUAAUACCGUUCACGGUGAUGUUGAUCAUCGCUGGAUUGCCAUUAAUGUUCAUGGAACUUUCCUUGGGUCAGUACGCUAGUCUUGGACCAGUAGCGGCUUACAAAAGAUUCUGCCCUCUUCUUCGUGGUUUGGGCUAUGGGAUGGUACUCGUUAGCUCCGUCGUGAUGCUCUAUUACAAUUUGAUCAUUGCCUGGACACUAUAUUAUAUUUUUGCCUCGGUCGUUGGCGCUGGCGAAUUACCAUGGGCAAAAUGUGAAGAUCCAUGGAGUACCGAGGAUUGUUUCAUGCCCGCUGCAGCUGAGGCCUGUACUUCUCAGGACUAUUAUUAUUAUAAAAGAAAAUGCUUGAAUUCAACGCAAAUGGCUUCAAUGGGAUUGACUAUUGAGAAUAUUACCAAUGCCAUUAGGAAACCACCUGCGGAGGAAUACUUCACUAAUCACGUUUUGGGAAUGAGUAGCGGUAUCGAAGAAACUGGCUCGAUUCGUCCGUCGAUGGCGACGAGUCUUUUUCUAGCCUGGGUUAUCGUAUUUCUCUGCUUGAGUAAAGGCGUUCAAAGCUCGGGAAAAGUCGUUUACUUCACUGCACUCUUUCCUUACGUCGUUCUGAUCGCUCUCUUCGUUCGAGGCAUUCUACUUCCCGGUGCCACAGAGGGUAUACUGUUCUAUUUAACCCCCGAUUGGAAGAGACUUAUGUCGGCCAAAGUCUGGGGUGACGCGGCUGUUCAAAUAUUCUUCGCCCUGAGUCCAGCCUGGGGUGGAUUGAUAACUUUGAGUUCUUACAACAAAUUCACGAACAACUGCUACAAGGACUCAUUGAUCGUAGCCGUUAGCAACAUCGGAACAUCCUUCUUCGCUGGUCUAGUCAUUUUCUCUGUUAUCGGCUUCCUUGCUCACGAACUCGACGUACCAGUUGCGUCUGUCGUAGAUCAAGGUGCUGGUUUAGCAUUUAUCGUUUAUCCCGAAGUAGUAUCUCGUCUACCGGUUGCGCCAGUCUGGUCAUUGUUAUUCUUCGUAAUGCUAUUGACCUUGGGAUUGGAUUCGCAAUUCGCAUUAAUGGAGACGGUAACAACCGCGAUACUCGACGGUAUACCAGCAUUAAGGAAUUACAAAUUUUGGGUAGUCCUGUCGGCAGCUGUUCUCGGUUAUGGCGGUGGUAUUAUAUUCACAACGAACGCUGGCAUGUAUUGGCUACAAUUGAUGGACAAAUACGCAGCUAAUUGGUCUGUCCUAUUGAUCGCCAUAAGCGAAUGCAUUUUAGUAGCAUGGGUCUAUGGUGCCGAUCGAUUUCUCGACGAUGUACAACAGAUGAUAGGACCGCGUGGUCGUCUUUGGAGAUUCUUUUGGACUUGGAUGUGGAAAGUCGUAACGCCUGCCGCCUUGUUCUUCAUUUUGUUCUUCAAUUGGGUCGAGUACGAACCAUUGAGAUACGGUGCUUACGUGUAUCCCAAGUGGGCCGAUGCGGUUGGUUGGGUCGUUGGUAUACUGCCCGUUUUGGUGAUCGUUGGUAUGGCUGUUAGCCAAUUGAAACCUCAUCGUCGACGACCGACCUACGAUGACGACGACGACGAGGAUGACGAUCUCGACUCUAGAGCGACCAAUCAAAGGGGAGGAAAAACGAAACAAAACAAGAGUAAGAAUAGGAAUGUCUGGUGUCGUGCAAGAAUGUUGCUCCAGCCGACUUCAGAUUGGGGUCCUGCUACGCGUAACAUUACGUUAACACCAUCGAGGACGCUUACUCAUACACCGUCACCGGGCCCGCCAGGUGGUUACGACUCGGUACGAGACACAAUAGUCUUGGUGAACGGUCAACCAAUGAUGGUACAACCAUCGAGUGGUACGAGUACCACCCAAAAACUUCCCGGGCCUUCGAUUCUCAAGAAUUCAAGCAAAACCGACCUGAUAACUUCGCAACAGGUCUGACAUGAUGUUCAUUUCAUCCUCGAAGACGAAUCCAAUCGGGAUUCUAUCGCCAUUAACACUACUAGCCAGUAAUAAUAUGUAACAAUUGUGGUUACGCGCUUAUACGAGAAGCUAAAGAAAAGAGAAAAAAAAAAAACACAAAACAGAACAAAAGAA